GCUAUUUCAUAGCGGCGCAUUGUGUCAGUUUCCGAUCGUCCGUUGUAUGAUAAUAAAGCAACUCAAGUGCCGGGCGCGUGUUUUUAAGUCAAAAGAAUUUUGAUUACUUCUGCUCUAAUUUUUAAUUUAUUAUAAUUUCAUCACCUACAAAUUGUUUGGAAUAUCGCAAAAAUGGUCGAUAUUAGUUUGCCGUUUAUCGAUUUGUUGCGAAUGGGAGCAAAAAUGCUCAACCAUCGCAUACAGCAAUAUCGUAUGACCACCAAUGAAACAGUUGUGGUGCCCACAAGCUAUGGCAAAGUUAAAGGUGUUAAACGCAGAACCAUCUAUAAUCAUCACUUUUACUCCUUUGAAGGAAUACCAUAUGGCAAACCGCCUAUCGGUGAGCUGCGUUUUCGGGCACCACAGCCGCCUACGCCAUGGGCGGGUGUGCGCAAUUGUACCAGUCUAGGAAAUCCACCGCUGCAAAGACAUUUUAUAGUUGGUAUCACGCAAGGUUCCGAGGACUGCUUGAAUUUGAAUGUGUACACCAGAGAGUUGAAAAGUGACAAGCCCUUACCGGUGAUGGUUUGGAUCUAUGGUGGCGCUUUUCAGAUUGGCGAAGCUACGCGGGAUGUUUAUGCGCCUGAUUAUUUUAUGGAGCGGGAUAUCGUUUUGGUUACGGUCAACUAUAGACUUGGCGCUUUAGGUUUCUUGUCCUUACGCGAUCCAGAUAUUCAAGUGCCCGGAAAUGCAGGCUUAAAAGAUCAGUUGCUCGCUCUGCGUUGGAUUCAGCAAAAUAUCGCCAACUUCAAUGGUGACCCAAAUAAUGUCACAUUAUUCGGUGAGAGUGCCGGUGCGGCAUCUACGCAUCUCCAUAUGCUCGCUCCAAAGGCGCGCGGCCUUUUCCAUAAAGCCAUACUACAAUCGGGUACAGCUCUUUGUCCCUGGGUUGAAGCUACACCCAGUGACUGGGCUUUUCGGCUAGCCGUCGAAUUGGGCUUUAGGGGUGAAAAUAUUGAUAAGGAGGUAUUUCGUUUUCUCUCCAAUGUGAGCGGCUCAAAAAUAGUACACGCUCAUAAUAAUUUGAUAUUACCACUCGAAGAACGAGAGUAUAUUUUAUUUGCUUUCGUGCCAGUAGUGGAGCCAUACGAAAGUGAAGAUUCUCUGAUCACGAAGCCUUUCAAAGACUUGCUGAUUACGUCGUGGAGCAAUGAAAUACCAUUGAUAAUUGGUGCUAAUGCACAUGAAGGACUUAUUCAUUAUGAUGAAACUAAGCGCAAGCCAUAUCUGGUGAAUGAAUUAGACGAUUGUGUAUAUGCACUGCCAGCUGUAGUGAAAAACGAGCGCGAGGCACACGAACACAAAGAGUUGGGACUAAGAAUUAAGCAGGCACAUUUUGGUGAAAAGGAACCACACCAUAGUGAAACGCUCUUACAAUAUUUGGAGGUGUUGGCCUACAGACAUUUCUUGAACGACAUGCAUCGCACGCUUUUGUCCCGUGUAGCCUAUGCAUCGGACGUGCCCACCUACCUCUAUCGCUUUGCUUUCGAUUCACAGCAUUUCAAUCACUAUCGCAUUUUAAAAUGUGGCAAGUCUGUACGCGGCACCUGCCAUGGCGAUGAUCUCUCUUACGUAUUCUACAAUGUGAGCUCAGUUAAAUUGCCACCAGAAAGUGGAGAGUUCAAGACAAUUCAACGUAUGAUUGGCAUGUGGACGGCAUUUGCAGCAACCAGCAAUCCGAAUUGCGAUGAAAUUGCAUCGACUCAAUGGCAACCGGUCGAAGCUAAAGAUGUGGAACUAGCACAGCCAAAAUGUCUGAACAUAGACGAGAAGGUAGAAUUUAUUAGGUUUCCGCAUGAGAAAUUGAAGAUCUGGGAAAGUCUAUAUACGAACGAUAGUUUGUACUAACUGAGCUAAUGUGCAAUUUAUUGCUUGCCUCUUGCCAGUUUAUAUGUGAGUAGAAAAGCAGGUGUCUUUUACAUUCUACCGAGAAGGCCACAUAAACGAAUUUUGUUAAUAUUUUGUACUUAAGUAUAAUAUUUUGUAGUAUAACGUUUGUAAUAAGGCUGGUGAAGAUUAUUUUUUUUUUUAAAUUUUUUAUAUUAAAAGAAGAUUCUGGUCGCCACAUUCUGUUAUUGGCAGUUACUUGCGCGCAAAUUUGGGCAAUUUUGGUAUGAAAUUUACUCGAAACAUUAUUUUCUGUGUAGAAUAUUUAAGUCAAAGUUUACUGAAAACUGUUUCAUUUCACAUUUGUAAUUUUUGUUAAAAAUAUCAAAGAUUUUUUUCAUAUUAAAAAAGUCUUGCUGGAUUCUAAACAAAAUUGGCGCACAACACUCAUUUAGUUUUUUUGCAAAUUACUUGCCAAAUUGUGUGAUGAGUUAUUCUUUCAUCACACUUAGACAGUCACAUAUUAUUCCCGUUAUCAUUUUAGUUCAUCAAACUAAAACAAAAACAAACAAAAAAUAAGAAGGCCUGCUGGUAGGCCUUAAUUAAGAGAAACGCUUUCAGGCAUCAUUGGGGUCAAAUUGGGGUUAAAAAAAUAAAAAUAACUUUUUUGUUACUCGAAUAAUAAAUUUUUAUUGUCAUUAAAAAAUAAUUAAAUUUUA